AUGGAUUCAAAUUCAAAGCUUUUUAAAGCAUGGAUUGAAGAUAGGAUCAGUGGAUUGCCAGAUGCAAUUGUUGUUCACAUUCUUUCAUUCCUUGAAACAAGAUAUGCUGUACAGACCUGCCUAUUAUCUCAUAGAUGGAACAAUGUGUGGACUUAUGUUCCGAAUCUAGAGGUACACGUAAAUUCACUGAAAUGUGGUGUAGAUCAACAUGUGCGUGAAUCCGGGCUUGUUGAUCGAGUACUUCUGUUCCGGAACUUGUCAAACAUUCAUAAGUUCCAUCUUGCCUGCCUUGGAAUCGAAGAUUAUUUUUAUCGAAUUGAUGCUUGGAUUUGCACUGCCAUUAGGCGAAAUGUUGUAGAACUUGAACUUGAUCUUUGGACAACGCCCUCAAAUUCCUACACAGGGUUGCUUAAGUUGCCUAGAAGCAUUUUCAUUUGCAAGACACUGGUAGUUUUGAAGCUGGUACUAACAGAUCAUGUUAUUGCUAUCCCUCCUGACUCAAGUUGUUUUCCAAGUCUCAAGUACCUUGAUGUUCAGUUAUGUCAUCCAGUUGCUGCUAAAUCAUUGGCAAAACUGUUUUCGUGUCGUUAUUCUGCACUUGAAGAAUUGAUUAUACAUGGAAAUAUCGGAAGACUUAGAGGUGAUGAAGUUUUGAACUUAAAUAUCUCUGCUCCUAGACUCAAAAGACUACAGAUAAGAUUCUGUGCUGUUCCAGAGGAUGAUCCUUAUGCCACGGAUGGAGGAUAUGAGUACAAAAUUUUUGUCAAUGCUAAUGCUCCAAACCUUGAAGAGUUCAAUGUCAAGUACCUUCUGGCAAGCUAUACUUUGAAUAGUGUAAAAUCGCUAAGCAAAGUUGAGCUUAAACUCAAAGGUCUGCAUGCUGGAGAAAACCUCUAUUUUGCUGAUCGUAUACAUAAGCUCUUUGCAGAAAUUGUGAAUGUCAAAUGUUUGUCAGUUUUAGCUUCAAUUGUGGGGGAUCCUGACAUUGCAUAUCAAUAUCCUAUGCCUACGUUCAAUAAUUUGAACCAGUUGGAGCUACGUCUUCAAACUUGCUGCUCUUGGCAAUCACUGCCGAUUUUUCUCAAUGCGUCACCCAAUCUGGAAUAUCUUGUUUUGGAGAAUAACAUCAAUUGCCGUGCUCAUGGUGCUGAUAUAGACGAUGCUGAUGAUGGUGAUGUAGACGAUUCUGAUGAUUAUGAUUCUCACAUUUCUGAUAAUUAUGAUGAAGAUGACUUGGUACAUGAAUGGUCUCCUCCCAGGGUUGUUCCUAUUUGUUUGCUGUCUUGCCUAAAGACUAUUUACCUACGAGGAUUUAGAGGACGGAGUGAUGAGAUAGAAGUCGCAGGGUACUUGUUGAAGCACGGCAAGGUUUUGAACAAGGUGACUAUUCAUACUUCAAAUUUCUGUGAAGAAUCAGUAAUGGAGUUGUGGCAGACAUUUUCAAGGCUUCCUAGGGGUUCAAAGACUUGUGAGAUUGAAUGGAUCCUUCCAAAGUUGUGA